GCCACAGCUCAUCCACCAAGUGACAAUCUCACCCCACCAGACAAACACCAAACACCAAAACCCAACAAUCAAAAUGUUCAAACUCGUUGCUGUCUGCUUCUUCGCUGUUGUGGCCGUGGCUGCUGCCAAGCCAGGCAUUCUGGCCGCCGCUCCGCUGGCCUACACCGCCCCGGCUGUGGUGGGAAGCGCCGCCUAUGUGGCACCUUAUGCCUCCAGCUACACCGCCCACUCGGUGGCACAUAGCGCCGCCUUCCCUGCUGCGUACACUGCUGCCUAUACCGCUCCGAUUGCGGCCGCUUACACCGCACCUGUUGCCGCUCCGUUUGCUGCUUCCGCUGCAUACGCCGCUCCAGUGGUACGUCUCGCCUCUCCCUACACCGCCGCCUACACUGCUCCCUAUGCCGCCGCCUACACUGCGCCGUUCGCCUCCCCCUAUGCCGCCGCCUACACCUCUCCCUUGGCCUACAGCUCGCCCUAUGUGGCCCGUCCAUACGCCGCUGCCCCUCUGCUGCUGAAGAAGUAAACCUGCCGAUCCCUGCGAAAUAGUGCACCAUGAUCGUACUUGUCAUGGUUUGGCAUUUAUUUCCCAUUCAGCCCCCGCACUUUGUGAUUUUGUUUGUGAAGUAAACGUUUAAGAA